AUGUCAAAUGAUUUUGAUUCUCAGAACGCUUCACUGAGCUUCGCUGAGGACAACCCGGUAGGCUCCUUCUCCUCCAUUCCUUCUUCUACUUUUUCUUCAUCUCCUCCACUAGCUCUGGCCACCAAGUCCACCACUUCAAGCAAACCAAAAGGCCAAGCCACCACCAAAAAAACUUAUUCGAAACCCAAACCAAAAGUGCCUGCUCGUAUUCCCUCCAAAACUACACCCUUGAAACCAUCUUCAAAUCCUUCCAAAAUUCCUUCCGAGUCCCAACUAUCUAAACCUUUAACUAUUUGUGAGCCAAUGCAGUACCCUGCGUUGAAAGCACAACCUAAAAAGACUGCCGCAAAACCCUACAAGAAACCAGCCCCUCCACCCAUCAUUCCCACUAUCAUCCCAUCCAUACCGACGUACGAGUCCAUUCCUGAAAACUUGAGAACUACUCCAUUUCUAGCCGUGCAUUCAAUCACCCCUAUUUCCAACGAACCAUUAGCCAUCUUCUUCCCCAUCGCUGCAACAUCUGCAUCCACAUCCUCUUCCACUACACCUCAUACCCUUUCUGACCCACCCCCACCAACUCCACCUCUACCUUUUGAUUCUGGUUCCAGCAGACCUACGUUGGAGCCUACUACGUGUUCAUUGCCUCAUAACGAAAAUCCAAGUGAAAUAGCUGGAGGGAUGAGCAAGUAG